AUGAACAACAAAUUCGAUGGUUGCGGCGAUGCGCAUGCCUAUCCGAACAGCUCCGAUUUUCAAAGACUUGCUGAAGCAUGUCUUCAAGAAGAAGGUUCUUAUUUUGAUGGUUGCUCGAAAGUGUGCAUUAAGGACAAGUUCCUUAUGCCUAUCAUGCGGCAUGAAAGUCUAGAAAGUUUAGUUUAUGGGCAGAUUUUUCCGGUUUUGGUAUUAUUCGCAGUUUUUGCAAACGCUGCUGUUGCGCUGGUAUUAUCCAAGAAACAUAUGACCACUCCAACUAACGUUGUUCUAAAAUACAUGGCUAUUGCUGAGGUACUGGUGGGUCUCGUCCCACUACCAUGGACUGUUUUCUAUUUUACUAUGGGAAACUUCAAAGAAAUGUACCGACUAGAAACGUGGUGGUGUUACUUACAUAAGUAUAGUAUGGAUGCGUUUCCACCAAUUUGUCAUAAUAUUGCAAUGUGGUUAACAGUACUACUAGCUGCACAGAGAGAAAAGCGGUCGGAGGAGGCCGCUAGGCAGAGAGAUAGCAAUUCCACAAGUUUAAUGCUGGUUGCGAUUGUGUCAAUUUUUUUGAUCGUUAACUUGCCACAAGCAGUAUUCAUGGCACUUCUCUGCGUCUGCGAGACUUUUUCAAUUAGGUUGUCAAUUCUGGAAGGAACUUUUCCUGUGGUGUUCCUCAUUACUAGUAAUAUGAUUGUAAUAGCUACUUACCCCAUAAACUUUGGAAUUUACUGUUUCAUGUCAAGCAGCUUCCGUCAAACGUUCAAAUUGAUAUUUUGCCCCGGAACAAACCAGCUGCAGUGCGAACGAAGAAUCGAGGCGCCAAGUGUUGUUCAUUCCAGUCGAAGGUCGGAUAUCUGCUCUCAUCUGGUGAAUGUCUGUACAAAUUCUGAGGGAUUCAUGCAAGUGUCCCACCAUUGUCUACACGCGGAUUAUAUUGGUUCAGAUAGACAAUCAACACAGUUCACAACAAUUAAUACAGAUAGGAGUGAAUGA